UUAAGAAGGCAGCAGGGUUAAGUGAAUCAUCAGUAGUUAGGAUUAAAUCAUCUUUUUCUAACAAGAUAACCUUGUAUUUUAAAAUUCUUGAGUCAGUAAGCAACCUUUCUGCCUUCUGAUUUGUUCUGACCUGGUGAGGUGUGCUCACAACGGGGUUUCCGCCAAAAGUUAUUUUUCCACUUUCUUCUGUUAGCAAAGCAGUUGCCGCUACAGAUUGAAUGCAUUUGGGCCAUCCGUGGGUUACUGGGUUAAGAAUUUUGACUGGAAGCCUACGGGUUGCUGGUGGCCUCCGUGCUUUUGGGGAGUGAGCCAUAACUGGUGGCUGCUCUUAUGCCAAUGACCCUCCCCAAUUCCUCCUGCCUCUUAGAAGACAAGAUGUGUGAGGGGAACAAGACCACUAUGGCCAGCCCCCAGCUGAUGCCACUGGUGGUGGUCCUGAGCACUAUCUCCUUGGUCACAGUGGGGCUCAACCUGCUGGUGCUGUAUGCUGUACGGAGUGAGCGGAAGCUCCACACCGUGGGGAACUUGUACAUCGUCAGCCUCUCGGUGGCGGACCUGAUCGUGGGUGCUGUCGUCAUGCCUAUGAACAUCCUCUACCUGCUCAUGUCCAAGUGGUUACUGGGCCGUCCUCUCUGCCUCUUUUGGCUUUCCAUGGACUAUGUGGCCAGCACAGCGUCUAUUUUCAGUGUCUUCAUCCUGUGCAUUGAUCGCUACCGCUCUGUCCAGCAGCCCCUCAGGUACCUUAAGUAUCGUACCAAGACCCGAGCCUCGGCCACCAUUUUGGGGGCCUGGUUUCUCUCUUUUCUGUGGGUUAUUCCCAUUCUAGGCUGGAAUCACUUCAUGCAGCAGACCUCGGUGCGCCGAGAGGACAAGUGUGAGACAGAUUUCUAUGAUGUCACCUGGUUCAAGGUCAUGACUGCCAUCAUCAACUUCUACCUGCCCACCUUGCUCAUGCUCUGGUUCUAUGCUAAGAUCUACAAGGCCGUACGACAACACUGCCAGCACCGGGAGCUCAUCAAUGGAUCCCUCCCUUCCUUCUCAGAAAUUAAGCUGAGGCCAGAGAACCUCAAGGGAGGUGCCAAGAAACCAGGGAAGGAGUCUCCCUGGGAGGUUCUGAAAAGGAAGCCAAAAGAUGCUGGUGGUGGAUCUGUCUUGAAGUCACCAUCCCAAACCCCCAAGGAGAUGAAAUCCCCAGUUGUCUUCAGCCAAGAGGAUGAUGGAGAAGUGGACAAACUCCACUGCUUUCCACUUGAUAUUGUGCAGAUGCAGACUGCGGCAGAGGGGAGUAGCAGGGACUAUGUAGCCGUCAACCAGAGCCAUGGCCAGCUCAAGACAGAUGAGCAGGGCCUGAACACACAUGAGGCCAGCGAGAUGCCGGAGGAUCAGACGUUAGGUGAUAGCCAAUCUUUCUCUCGAACAGAUUCAGAUACCAUCACAGAGACAGCACCAGGCAAAGGCAAAUUGAGGAGUGGGUCUAACACAGGUCUGGAUUACAUCAAGUUUACUUGGAAGAGGCUCCGCUCACAUUCGAGACAGUAUGUAUCUGGGUUGCACAUGAACCGCGAAAGGAAGGCCGCCAAACAGUUGGGUUUUAUUAUGGCAGCCUUCAUCCUCUGCUGGAUCCCUUACUUCAUCUUCUUCAUGGUCAUUGCCUUCUGCAAGAGCUGUUGCAAUGAACAUCUGCACAUGUUCACCAUCUGGCUGGGCUAUAUCAACUCCACGCUGAAUCCCCUCAUCUACCCCUUGUGCAAUGAGAACUUCAAGAAGACGUUCAAGAGAAUUCUGCAUAUUCGCUCCUAAGGGAGGCUCUGAGGGGAUGCAACAAAACGAUUCUUAUGAUGUCCAACAAGGGGAAAUAGAGGACGAAGGCCUGUGUGUUGCCAGGCAGGCACCUGGGCUUUCUGGAAUCCAAACCACAGUCUUAGGGGCUUGCUAGUUUGGAAAGUUCUUAGGCACCAUAGAAGAACAGCAGAUGGUGGUGAUCAGCAGAGAGAUUGAACUUUGAGGAGGAAGCAGAAUCUUUGCAAGAGAAUCAGACCUGUUUCUUGUAACUGGGUUCAAAAGAAAAAAAGAGAAUCAGACCUGGAUGGAGCUCUCCUGCUCCUCAGGAACUAUGGGAGCCUCAGACUCUCAUUGUAAUUCAAGCUUUCCAAGUCAAAUGAUUGACAGCUGAAGGGACACGUGGCUAGGGUUCCACUGGAGAAUUGAAAAGAACUCUUGAGCCCUCCUGGAAUGGAGCUGUAUGACUGUGCAGAGGCCUUAUCCAUGCGAAUAGUUGCUGUCCUCUUCCAGGGGUCACCUUGAGAGGCAUGACAGCUGUUCCACAGGGGCCCCCUUCUCAGAAAACUUCUCUUCUGAGCCUCUUUUACAGCUUUCUCCAGAACCAGUGUCUGAACCACCCUAGAAAUUCUGCCUUAUUAUUUCUUACUCACACAUGUUUAGAGUGGAUAGAAAAUUAUGCAGCUUGCACACCCAUCGUCUUUAACCCCAAAUUUCCUUUGGCUAUUAAAAAAGUGGUGGCAAAAGGCGUCCUCAAAAGAAAGAGAAAUGAAAUAUUUUUGAAUUAAUGCACGUUAAAAAUUAAAAGAAGGAAUGGGGGCAGAAUGCCAUAUUUUUUGAGGGGUGUACUAGGUUUGUCUCAUUUAAGUCCAGCAAUGUUCUAACUCUAGUUUGCAGAGGAGCAAAUUGAGGUGCAGCAAGGUGAGAGAGGUACCCAAGUUCACAUAGCUAGUUAUUUGAGAAAGUUAGAAUACAAAUCCUCUGGGGUUCCAACUUAUUGUAGCAUAUUUUCUCCAAAAGGCAAAAAUGUGUCCUCUUGGCUGGGCGUCAUAGCUCAAGCCUAUAAUCCCAGCACGUUGGGAGGCCGAGGUGGGCAGAUCAUUUGAGACCAGGAGUUCAAGACCAGUCUGGCCAAUAUGGCGAAACCUUGUCUAUACUAAAACUAAAAAAUUAUCUGGGCAUGGUGGGGCAUGCCUGUAGCCCCAGUUACUCAGGAGGCCAAGGCACGAGAAUCGCUUGAACCCAGGAGGUGGAGGUUGCAGUGAGCCAAGAUCAUGCCACUGCACUCCAGCCUGGGCAACAGAGCAAGACUCUGUCUCAAAAAAACAUAAAUAAAUAUAAUAUUUUAACAAUGUGCCCUCUUAAGUGUGCAUACAUACACAUAUACAGUAUUCCCAAGAGUGGUGGCAGCUCAAAAUGAUAUGUUGAGUAGACGAACAGCUGACACGGAGUUCCUGUGCACCUACAGAAGGUGAGGCUUUGAAGGAUCCAAGUGCAUUUUUAUCUGUGAGUUCUGUUGCGUUUGUCAAAAAGUCAUCGUAAUCUUUCAUAGCCAUACCUGUUAAGCAAAAACUGGCAAAGACAUAGGAACAUAUAGUUUUACUUGGUGUUUAUGUUGCAAUCUGCUUGUGAUUUAUUUUUAAAACUUGAUGCUAAACCAUAAUAUGUAUAGCAAAUGGAGCAAGCUGAUAUUUUGUAUUUUGUGUUCCUCUUUGCAUGAUCUGUUAACAUGAGAUAUUUUUACCUACCUAAAAUGUGAUGUUUAAAAGCAUACUGUAUGUGAUUAUUUAUUUCUACCUUUCUGAGUCUCUUGGACUAAGAAGAUGUAUUGAAAUGUACCACCACAUGUUAACAAAAGUUUGAUAUGGGGUUUCUCUUUGGUUUCUGAUCACAUUUGUAAAUGUCUUUUCAAAAGGAUUUACUUUUUAGAAAAAGCUUCAUUCUCACUUUGCUUUGCAUUCCCCAAACUUCUUGUUCAGAACUAGGGGAGUUUAGGAGACUUUAAUCCCAGUUUCAGAAGCUGCAGCUGGUCUGUUUCCAGGUCAGAAACCAUUGUUCAGAAGACCUCCCUAUGAGAGAGCUACUCCUCAGGGUCCCUCAGGACCAAAGAACACUCCGAAAGAGCACUCCACAUGGACAAGUAGCUAAGUGUCCAUUCUUUAUCAUGAACAAUCGAGGCAACUAGUGGAGAGAACUGAUUGUGAACUGUGCCUCUGAGUCAAAGAGACCUGGAUUUGAGUCUGACAAGAACAAUAAAUGGUCAAUAAAUAAAAUUAUCAGAGUCUAAGGAA